AUGGCUAGAUCCGAGACAAAUCUGCGAUCCAUGAUCGCCAACAGCUCCGAUCCGAAGUCCCUUCCCUGGUACGAGUCGGAUCUUAAAGAGGUCCCUGAGCCGGCCAAAACUCUCUUAGCAGAAUACAGCAAGAUCCCAUCCGAUCAGGUGGUGCAGCAUGUUAAUAGCAUGAGAGACCGGGCUUUCGCCGUGUUCCCAUAUCCUUGCAUUGGCUCAUUCCGAUUUUUAGAUUUGAGCAUUCCCCAAUCAACCGUCUACCCGGAGAUUCUCCAACGGCUAAAGUCGGGUGAGAAACUCCUGGACGUGGGCUGCGCCAUCGGACAAGAGUUGCGCCAUCUGGUCUUCGACGGCGUUCCCCCGGAGAACCUCUAUAGCUCAGAUAUACGUCAAGAUUUCUACGAUAUCGGCUACGACCUAUUCGCAGACCGCAGCACGCUCAAAUCACAGUUCUUCCAGGCAGAUAUCUUCGACGACAACUCAUCUCUAGUCCAGAAUCUCACUGGUAAAGUGAACAUCGUCAACGCUGCUUCGUUCUUCCAUCUCUUCAGCUGGGAUCAGCAGAUCGUCGUUGCCAAACGGGUUAUCAGUCUACUAGCUGCUCAGCCUGGAUCCCUGGUCAUUGGGCGGCAGGUUGGAAAUGCUGAUCCGGCUGACCCGGGUGAUAAGGCAAAUGCACCCACGAUUUAUCGCCAUAACCCUACUACCUGGAAGCAGCUUUGGGAGCAGGUUGGCCAGGAGACUGGGUCGAAGUGGGAGGUUGAGUGUUCGAUGGAGAAGUGGGAGGGUCUUGAUCGGAGUUUCGGGAAAAAUCGCGAUGUCGAAAGAUGGAAGAUGAAGUUUGUUGUGAGAAGGGUUUAG